AUGACACAAAGGGUCUGUCUCUGUUCAGCGACGGUCCCUAAAACUCAUCGGAAGGAGGUAAUCUGUUUAGGGCCAUAAAUAUGUCACAUAAUUAACAGGGCGUACGUGCUUCAGUCUGUUCCGUUUGAUUUAUUUGAGCAACUGACGAAAGAGAUUUAUUUGGACAGCGAUGGAGAUGGAGCUAUCAACAGAUGUGGAGGAACUAUCAGAAACCCCUGAAAGUCAAGACAUUGAUUCAGACGACCUGCUGGAGUUGAAUCAGUUCGACGGACUGCCAUUUUCUUCAAGAUAUUACAAAUUAUUAAGAGAGAGAAAGUGUUUGCCGGUGUGGGGAGCGAAAUGCGAGUUUAUGGACAGCUUGAUCAACAGCCAGAUUGUGAUCGUUACAGGCACAGCUAAAUCAGGACAAAGCACCCAGAUCCCUCAGUGGUGUGCAGAGUUUUGCCUGUCUGCGCAGUAUCAGAACGGCAUGGUGGUGUGCACUCAGAUUCAUCAUCAGACAACAGUGGAGCUGGCCCUGCGUGUAGCUGACGAGAUGGAUGUGAACAUCGGCAAUGAGGUUGGAUAUAGCAUCCCGCUUCAGGCCUGCUGCUCCCCAGACACUGUACUCAGAUACUGCACAGAUGACGUACUGCUCCGGGAAAUGAUGUCAGACCCUCUGUUGGAGCAGUGUGGUGUGGUGGUCCUCGAUCAGGCCCAGGAGCGCACUGUCAGCACAGACCUGCUUCUCGGAUUGCUCAAAGAUGUGCUCCUGACGCGGCCAGAGCUUCGGUUGGUCAUCCUUAGCGCUCCACACUCCUCAGAGAAGCUGCUGAGACACUAUGGAACUGUUCCUCAGAUCCAGCUGGAAGGACCACAGCCGUGCGAAGUGCUGUUUGGUAGUGGGAGAGGAGGAGUGAAGGAUUACCUCUGCUCUGCUCUUAGACUCGCUCUGGAGAUACACCAGAAUGAAAACCAUGGAGACAUUGUGGCAUUUCUGGCAACUGAGCAAGAGAUUGAAUGUGCCCAUGCCAUUUUGCGGAGAGAGGGUGCCAAUCUCACUCUGUCUCAUGGAGAGCUGGUGCCUGUGUCUCUAUGCCCAAGGCAAGGAGACAGUCUCUCACUGCUGACUGAGGAGAGCAAGAGCAGGAGAGUCUUCCUCACCUGCAGCCCCAGCGAAGAUCUCUUCUGGGCGCUUCACACUAUUCGCUUUGUGAUUGAUGCUGGAGUGCAGAAAAGAUAUGUGUACAAUCCUCGAAUCAGAGCCAACUCAAUUGUAAUUCGACCAAUCAGCAAGAGCCAAGCUGAGAUCCGCAAACAACUCGCGGGCCCGACCGGCAAGUGUUUCUGUUUGUAUCAAGAGGACACAUCACUUCCUGCUGAAAGCGUCCCUCACCUUCUAGAGUCUGACAUCACUUCCACUGUGCUUUUCCUAAAACGCAUGGAAAUAGCUGGUUUGAGUCACUGUGACUUCAUUGACAGACCAGAUCCUGAAGGCCUCAUGCAAGCUUUAGAGGAACUGGACUAUCUCGCCGCAUUGGAUGAUGACGGAAAUCUGUCCGAGAUUGGAAUUAUCAUGUCAGAGUUUCCUCUGGAGCCACAGAUGGCUAAGACUUUGCUUGCGUCCUGCGAAUUUGACUGUGUGUGUGAAGUGCUGACCAUCGCUGCCAUGCUAACAGCUCCGAGCUGCUUCCUUACACCCCCCGUGGAAAUGAGACAGAAGGCCUUACUGUGUCAUCAGAAGUUCCAGCAUGCCGAGGGAGAUCAUUUCACUCUUAUUAAUAUCUUCAAUGCCUACAGAUAUGCAAAGGAUGGAUCAUACUCUAAAGUGGAGCAGUGGUGUGAUGAGCAUUUCCUCAGUCUGGCUGCUCUUCAGACAGCAGAUGCCAUACGCUCUGAGCUAACAGAAAUCCUGAAACGCCUAGAGCUGCCUGUGUCCUUACCCGCCUUUGGAUCUAGGAGCAACAGCUUAAACGUCAGACGUGCCCUACUAGCUGGAUUCUUCAUGCAGGUGGCGAGGGACAUCGACGGGUCAGGGAAUUACUUCAUGUUAACCCAUAAACAUGUGGCUCAGAUCCACCCGCUGUCCGGCUAUGGACUUGAGGUGAACAAGAAGAACCUGCCGGAGUGGGUUCUGUACCAUGAGCACACGCUGUCAGAGAACAACUGUAUCAGAACCGUCUCUCAGAUCUCAGCGCACGAGUUCAUUCAGAUGGCACCACAGUACUUCUUCUACAACCUGCCACCUAGUGAGAGUAAAGACCUACUGCAGCACACUAUAGAUCACGGUACAGCUGCUCCAUCUAAAGGCAAAAGAAAAUGCCAGACCUCCAGCAGUGCUGUCACUGAAGAGCAGACCCCCGAGCGCUGUACCAUACAGUAACUGAGAAAAUAAUACUCCUUCACACUGUUACAAUGGCAAAAAACAGGAUGCUUAGAUCCUGUGGGUCUGUUAGACAGUAGCCAUGCGACGUCUGAGGCACAAAGAGGAAUCUGAGCAAAUUAGUCGGACUGAUUAAUCAAUAAUGAUGAAAAGACGAGAUCAUGCAGACUGCUGCUUUAAUUCUAUGGGCCAUUUAGUUUGCCCGGUACAAUGCUUUUAAGCAACAGCAGUUUAACCAGUUGUCUUCACUUUGCUGAAUUGAUAGCAAUUGAAAUAACCUACUGCUGUGCAGUAGUUAAUGCAAAACUGUGUUUGACUUUAUAGUGUCUACAAUGUCUUUUAUAAGCUGUAGCUAUAUUUUCCUU